AUAACGGAGCCGACUUCUACCCCGGGUACCAAGGAUACGGCGAGUUCUUCAUGGGUCAGCCCCAGGACGGACCCCCACCCGGCCUACCCUUCCUACCCCCCUCCCAGGGCACGCCACCCCUUAACAUGGAGCCGCCCAUGCACCCCGCAGGUCUGGGCCACGACGGUCCCUUCAUGCCCGGCGACAUGAUGCCGCCCUCCUCCACCCCCGAGCCCCUCCCUCCCCUGGGCCAACACGAGGCGUUCGGCGUCCCCCGCAGUAUGGGCCCGCCCUUCAGCCAGUCUCUGUCUCCUUCCCUCGCCCACCACCACCCGCACCAACACCCCAACCCACACCAGCAACUACAGGAGAUGACGUCAGAGGUCUGGUGACAAUCAACGCCGGCCUUCUAGGACGAGGAAGGCUACCGGUCUACGUCAUCUUUCUCAGCUCUCUUCAUCUUCGUCUUCGCGCUCUGGACAAAUCAACGCGAGCGCCGACAUAGAGCGAGAGAGGUUAUUAGUAGAACGUCAUGGGGAAGUGACGUCACUGUCAUGGCGACCACAAACGCCAUGUUGGAUGAUGGGGUCCCAGAACAUUACUUCUCAAACUUGUGAGACUUUAAAUUACUACGCCAUUGCUCUACUACAGAAAAGAAUACAGAUUUGUUAAAAACGAACACACUUUUAGUGAAUAAUUUUGUCUCCAAUAAAGUUUUAGCCGCAUAAUGAA